AUGGCCGAUGCUGGUUUUUUUAAAGGUACAUCGGCUGAACAGGAUAGUCGAUUUGCAAAUAAACAAAAGAAGUUACUCAAACAAAUGAAGUUUCCAGAUAAUAUCGACACUAAAAUUGAUAUGUCGAAAGUUAAUUUAGAUGUUAUCAAAUCAUGGAUAACAACACGUUUAGCAGAAUUAUUAGGUUUGGAAGAUGAUGUUGUUAUUGAAUUCGUUUUUAAUCAACUUGAAGAUAAAAGUCCCGAUCCAAAGAUGAUGCAAAUUAAUUUAACCGGUUUUCUUGGUGGAAGUAAAGCUCGAUUAUUUAUUGGAGAACUUUGGAAUUUAUUAGCUAGUGGACAAUCAUUACCUGAUGGUAUACCAGCAGAAUUGGUUGAAAUGAAAAAAAAAUAUUUACAAAAAAAAAAGGAAGAAGAUGAUCGUUUACGUGAUGUACGUAAACGUGAAGAAGAUUCUUAUCGUCAUGACACAAAAGGUGACAGCGAUAAACUAAAUGGUCGUAAUCAAGUAUCAUCGUCAAAUAGUAGAUCACGUCAUGAAAAUGGAAAUAAUCCUGGAUAUAAAUCACGAUCAAAUUAUGAUGAGGAUCGUCGUGAUCGAAGACGCCCAGAUGAUCGAUAUGAUCGACGACGUUCACCACCUCCUCGAGGUCGUCGAUCACCAUCGCCUCCAUCAAAAAAACAUCGAUCACCUUCGCCACCAUCCAAAGGCCGUCGACCACCAUCUCCACCAUCUAAAAAACGUCGGUCCCCAUCACCACCACCCAAAAGUCGUCGAUCAUCAUCACCAUCACCUAAAAAACGCCGAUCACCUUCGCCACCACCUAAAACUCGUCGAUCGCCGUCACCACCUUCGUCCAAAAAACGUCGAUCACCUUCACCACCACCACUUAAAGGCCGUCGAUCACCAUCUCCACCAUCCCGAAAGCGUCGAUCACCAUCUCCACCACCACCUAAAGGCCGUCGAUCACCAUCUCCACCAUCCCGAAAGCGUCGAUCACCUUCAUCACCACCAUCCAAAGGCCGCCGAUCACCAUCUCCACCAUCCAAGAAACGUCGAUCACCUUCGCCGCCACCAUCUAAAGGCCGUCGAUCACCUUCGCCACUACCACUUAAAGGCCAUCGAUCACCUUCACCACCACCGCUUAAAGGCCGUCGAUCACCAUCUCCACCGUCCAAGAAACGUCGAUCACCUUCACCACCUCCACCUAAAGGCCGUCGAUCACCAUCUCCACUGUCCAAGAAACGUCGAUCACCUUCACCACCACCACUUAAAGGCCGUCGAUCACCAUCUCCACCGUCCAAGAAACGUCGAUCACCUUCACCACCACCGAAAAAUCGUCGAACAUCAUCUCCACCAUUGAAGAAACGUCAAUCACCUUCUCCAUUAGCCAAAGGUCGUCGAUCACCAUCUCCACCAUCCAGAAAACGUCGAUCACCUUCACCACUCAAAGGUCGUCAAUCACCAUCAUUAUCAUCAAAAAAUCGUCGACCAUAUCAUUCACGAAGUCCAGAUCCAAGAUCACGACGCAAGGAUAUAAAACCAUCACCAGUUGCAUCAUCUAUUUCACGAAGAGAUGUUUUCAAAAAAUCUACACGAUCUAUUUCAAAAAGUAGUGGAAGUGAAGAUGAUCGUCAACAUCAUUCUCGUUAUGAUAAAUCUAAAAGAAAUUCAGCAUUAAAUCAGCGUGAUCGUCGUCGUUCGUUAUCACAAUCUCCAAAACAUAGUCGAAGUCCAAUUAAAUCACGAAAAAGUGAACAAAUAAAAAAUCGUUCACCAUCACGAUCAUCAUCAUCAUCGUCGUCAUCAUCUUUGGAAGCAUCACCAAAACCAAUAAAAAAACCUUUAAAUCAAAAAUCUAAACCUCGUUCGCCAUCAACAAGUUCAAAUGCAAGUCAAUCACCGUCACCAUCACGUCCAACAAUUCAACGUAAUGAUAAAUUUGCUCGAAAAAAAUCGAAUGAUUCAUCUGAUGAGUAUCAAGAAAAAAAACGACAUAAAAGUAACGACUCAUCAAGUGAUGAUCAAAAGAAAGAUCAAUCAUCUAAACGUGCAGUUGAAAAAGAACAAUCAAUACCAAAAUCUAAACAAAAAUCACCUACACCAUCAUCAUCACGAUCACCAUCACCUUCUCCAUCACCACCACCAUCGCAAACGAUAAAGAAAACAGCUUCAACUUCAUCAAAUAUUGAAAUAGUUAAACCAACUGUAUCACCACCAAUGAAAGAAAUACAAAAGAAUAAACGAUCAACUCGUUCACCAUCUGAUAAAUCAUCAUCAGGAUCAAGUUCAAAUUCUUCUUCAUCAGGUUCGGAAUCAUCAGGCUCAUCAUCAGAGUCCGAAUCGGCUGAUGAUAAAAAACCAAAUAAAAGGUCACAAUCCGCUAGCAGCGAUUCAUUAAGUCGAUCACGAUCAGCAACACCUGUACGUACGAAAAAAGAAGAUAAAAAAUCGACUAAACCUAGAUAA